AUGGAAAUGAAAGCCCGUCAGUUGAAUAAUCGCAGGAGCAAAACUAAAACUUGUGCAACCCGGAGGUGGAGGCAGAGGGAGGGCUCCAGCCGCCAGCCCGGAGGUGCGGAAGUUCGCCGCCGCUGUUCAUUGGCGGCCGGCGCGGCUUUCAUCAUUUCUCGGAAAAGUCAAUUUCAUUUUCACUUCCCCACGUCGCGGCUGCGGGGAGCAACAAGCGGCAGCGCGUGUGAGCGUGGGGAUCGCGCCAAAGGGCGCGCGCUUUUCACCGGGGCCACGCUGGGACUGUGGGGCUCCAGAAGUGGCGGGCCGGGCGCUGGUUUGGGAGCUGGCCACCAGGUGGCCAUAGGGAAGGAAGGAGAUGACCUGACUCUAUAUUCCUACCUGAAGGGUGGAGAUAGACCAGAGAGAGCCCCGGAAGCCUGGGGACCCUUCCCGACCUGUGGCUUAAGUGUUCAGAACCGCUGUGCUCAGGCUGCAUAUACAAACUCAUCUUGGAAAGUCGCCCGCUGCAAAGGAAUGCAUGUGCAUUUUGUGUGUUCCUGGAGGUCAAAAAAGGAUGCAGAUCUCCUGGAACUGAACUGUGGAUGGCUUUCUAGAGCAAUCCAGACUGGCCUUGAAUUCGCUAUGUAGCCGAGGCUCAUCCCCAACUUUUUAUCUUCCUGCCUCCACCUCCAGAGUUCUGGGGUUUUGAGUGCCUGCCUCCAUGGCCUGUCAAACUUCCCUCUUCUUAACAAAGAGGUUUACUUCUUACCUGUUUAAUCCUGCUCUGGGCUGGGAAGACAGUCUGUUGAUGGAAAGGAUGGAGAGAAGAAGAUAACGGUUGCUAUUAACCAUCUGCCAGUCACACUCCAAGUUCAGAUCACUGGAGAUGCGAAAGAAAACAGCCAGCCGUGUUCAAGCCACCAUACAAUAGAAGAGAGAAGGAAGUGUUUGGACCAAGCAGCCCAAGGCUAUGCUAUGGGCACUGAUGAUGGAGACACAUGGGGUGGGUGAGCUGAUUAAAUUCACACUGUGUGUCCAGCCAUGUCAGGGUCACCAACUUAAUGGACCCAUCAUUAGUCAGGAUAUUCUCUAGUUAUCUCCAUUGUAUUUGUCGUCACGUCGUCUCUUGACUUCUCCGUGAUGUGAAGCUGGCUGAAUUAUGGCCUUGUGCUUCACAGUACAUACGACCAAUGCUGGCACCCUUCCAUGAGACGUCCUUAUAAUGGCUAUUUCUUCCAGACUGAGAGACUGGAGGACUCUUGCCACUGGCUCUGUUAUCUCUCCCAGCAUUACCUCUAAGCACAUAAAUGCUUUUUCCUGUGUAGAUACUUUUGUUUAUUGUUAACUUAAGCAUGGCCCACAUUGAAGGCAAGAGAAAAUUAAAAUUUUAUACGAACACAGUGUGAACACCUCGGUGGCACCAUGCAUAAAACCCAAAGGAGAUACUUCGAAAUGUCAACCACAUUCGCUUUGAAUACAUUAUUUUUAUCUUUCUUUCUGGAA